AUGCAGGCUGUGGUGGUGAACCCAGUUUGCUGCUCCGCGCAGAAAACCCUAGACCCUCCUUCUUCCUUCCUUCAUCGCCGUACCGGGAAGAGUGGCAGUUUCUUUGGCAGCAGAGUCUCUGUAAACAGGAAUUGCAACCGGACGCAAGGCAUUCCAUGCCGGUCUGUGAAGAUUCGUUCUCCUGGAUUGUCACGGAAACUAGUUGUAAAGGCGGUGGCAACUCCGAAUUCGGCCAUCGAAUUGCCAUUAACUGCAGAGAAUGUUGAGAGUGUGUUGGAUGAGAUUCGACCAUACCUCAUUUCCGAUGGUGGUAAUGUAGCUUUACACGAGAUAGAUGGGAAUGUUGUGAAGUUGAAGUUACAAGGAGCAUGUGGAUCGUGUCCUAGCUCUGUUACCACCAUGAAGUUGGGCAUUGAGCGUAGGUUAAUGGAGAAAAUUCCUGAAAUCGUUGCUGUGGAACCUAUACCAGAUGAAGAAACUGGGCUUGAGAUGAAUGAAGAAAAUAUAGAGAAGGUACUAGAAGAGAUCAGGCCAUAUCUUGUGGGUGCCGCUGGAGGGUCCCUUGAACUAGUGACAAUCGAAGAGCCAAUAGUGAAAGUUCGAAUCACGGGGCCAGCAGCUGGGGUGAUGACCGUUCGAGUUGCUGUUACACAGAAGCUGCGCGAGAAAAUACCAUCGAUCGCUGCUGUUCAACUUCUGUGA